GCUCACAGUUCCCUCCCUCCAGGUCCACACGGGAGCAGGCCAUGGCCAAUCAAAGCUCCCCCAUGGGCUUCAUCCUUCUGGGCUUCUCUGAUCACCCAGGACUUGAAAGGAUCCUCUUCGUGGUGGUCUUGAGUUCUUACCUCCUCACCCUGGUGGGCAACACGUGCAUCAUCUUGCUGUCUGUGCUGGACCCCAGACUCCGCUCCCCAAUGUACUUUUUCCUCUCCAACCUCUCCUUCCUGGACCUCUGCUUCACCACCAGCUGCGUUCCCCAGAUGCUCGUCAACCUCUGGGGCCCCAACAAGACCAUCAGCUUCCUUGGCUGCUUCGUCCAGCUCUUCAUCUUCCUGUCCUUGGGGACCACUGAGUGCAUCCUGCUGACCGUGAUGGCCUUUGACCGCUAUGUGGCUGUGUGCCGGCCCCUCCACUAUGCCACCAUCAUCCACCCGCGCCUGUGCUGGCAGCUGGCCGCGGUGGCCUGGCUCAUCGGGCUGGUGGAGUCAGUGGUCCAGACACCAUCCACCCUCCGCCUGCCAUUCUGCUCCCACCGGCAGGUGGAUGAUUUUGUGUGUGAAGUCCCAGCUCUAAUUCGACUUGCCUGUGGAGACACCACCUACAACGAGAUCCAGAUGGCGAUUGCCAGCGUCAUCAUCUUGGUUGUGCCCCUCACCCUCAUUCUGAUCUCUUACGGGGCCAUUGCCCGUGCAGUGCUGAGGAUGAAAUCUGCAAAGGGACGAAAGAAGGCUUUUGGGACAUGCUCCUCACACCUCCUUGUGGUCACCCUCUUCUACAGCUCCGUCAUCGCUGUGUACCUCCAGCCCAAAAAUCCCUAUGCCCAAGAGAGGGGCAAGUUCUUCGGCCUCUUCUAUGCAGUGGGCACUCCUUCACUGAAUCCCCUCAUAUACACCCUGAGGAACAAGGAGGUAAAGCGGGCAUUCAGGAGGUUGCUGGGGAAGGACAAAAACUCUGGGGAGAGCUGAAGCAGAGUGGCUUGAUGAGCUUUCUAAGU